GCCUCUUAUUAUGGUGGACGCGGCGUGGGAGGCAUUAAAAGAAUGGAGGUCCGCUGGGGAGAAAAGGGCUCCACGGAAGAAGGGGCGAAGUUAGAAAAGGCAAAGAAUGCACGAGUUAAGAUGCCAGAGCAAGAGUAUGAGUUCCCCGAACCCCGAAACCUCAACAACAACAUGCGCCGGCCUUCCUCGCCUCGGAAGUGGUACUCGCCCAUCAAGGGAAAACUUGAUGCCUUGUGGGUUCUGCUGAGAAAAGGAUAUGACCGAGUGUCCGUGAUGAGGCCACAGCCAGGAGACACGGGACGCUGUAUCAACUUCACCAGAGUGAAGAACAGUCAGCCAGCCAAGUAUCCCCUGAACAAUACCUACCACCCCAGCUCCCCACCUCCCGCUCCUAUCUACACACCCCCACCCCCUGCUCCCCACUGCCCUCCCCCAGCCCCCAGUGCCCCCACNCCUCCCAUUCCUUCCCCACCAUCCACUCUCCCCCCUCCUCCUCAGGCCCCACCCCCUAACAGGGCACCACCCCCCUCCCGACCUCCUCCAAGGCCUUCUGUCUAG